GGGUGGUCACAUGACCGCACUUCUCUGUAUGUUUGUUUGGGACCUCACCAGCGGAGCUGAACGAUGGCUGAGACGGAAGACAGAGAAAACUUGCUGGGCGAAUAUGAACCUCUCCACCCCAGGGCUGAUGGCGACGCUCCGAAGCCGAUGUCCGCGAUUUGUGACCCGAGCAAGCUGGCGCACCGGGUGCUUGUGCUGGUGUUCAUGUGCUUCCUGGGCUUCGGGAGUUAUUUCUGCUAUGACAACCCGGCAGCUCUGCAGAUACAGGUCCAACAGGACAUGAACCUGAACACCUCCAAGUUCAUGCUGCUGUACGCCUGGUACUCCUGGCCCAACGUGGUUCUGUGCUUCCUGGGCGGCUUUCUGCUGGACCGGGUCUUCGGGAUCCGGCUGGGAACAGUCAUCUUCUCGCUGUUCGUUUGCGCUGGACAGGUCAUCUUUGCGGCUGGAGCAUUGUUUAAUGCUUUUUGGUUGAUGGAAGUCGGACGGUUUGUUUUCGGGAUCGGGGGCGAGUCCCUGGCGGUGGCUCAGAACACGUACGCAGUCAGCUGGUUUAAAGGGAAAGAGCUCAACCUGGUGUUCGGCCUUCAGCUCAGCAUGGCCAGGCUGGGCAGCACGGUGAAUAUGAAUAUUAUGGGCUGGGUUUAUGGCCGUGUGCAAAGCACGCUGGGAUCAGCCGGACACACCACCCUGGGGGCCACGCUCAUGAUUGCUGCAGUGACAUGUUUGUUCUCGCUGGUCUGCGCUCUGAUCUUGGGCUUCCUGGAUAAACGGGCUGAGAAGAUUUUAAACAAGGAGCAGGGAAAGACGGGGGAAGUGAUCAAGCUGUCGGAUGUGAAGGAAUUCUCCAUGUCCCUGUGGCUCAUCUUCAUCAUCUGCGUGGCCUACUACGCAGCCAUCUUCCCCUUCAUUGGCCUGGGCCAGGUUUUCUUCAUUGAGAAGUUUAACUUUUCUCCUGCUGAAGCAAGAGCUGUGAACAGCAUCGUGUACAUCAUCUCCGCUCCGGCCUCGCCCAUCCUGGGCUUCCUGGUGGAUCGGACCGGGAAGAACGUGGUGUGGGUCAUGUGCGCCGUGUUCGCCACGCUGGCUGCACACAUGAUGCUGGCCUUCACCUUCUGGAACCCCUGGAUUGCUAUGUGUCUGCUGGGCGUGUCCUACUCCCUCCUGGCCUGCGCUCUCUGGCCAAUGGUGGCCUUCCUGGUUCCUGAGCACCAGCUGGGGACCGCCUAUGGAUUCAUGCAGUCCAUUCAGAACCUUGGCCUGGCACUCAUCGCCAUGGCAGCAGGAGCCAUCCUGGACCACAGGGGGUACCUGUUCCUGGAGGUGUUCUUUUGUGCCUGCAUCUGCAUGGCCCUGAUCGCUGUGGUGUUGCUGUACCUUGUGGACUUUCUCAGAGGAGGGGAUCUGAACCUCUCCGCCUCGGCCAGAGCCAGACUCCGGGGGAGCAGCACGUCUGAUUAUGAAAGGAAGCGCCCCCUGCUGCAGGGGCAGGAAGGUGAGCAGCUCCAGCCCAUCUCUGUGUUUGGACUGCGGAACCGCUACCUGUGCAGGCUGGGUGCUCAGCUCCCAGGCCACUUCUCCAGCCACCGUUCCUCCCUGGGACACAGGAGCGUGCUGAAGUAACACUCGCUCUGUGCUCGGCUCCUGAUGAGUGCUUCUCUGCUCUUUAAACUCCUGGGGAUUUGGCACUGAAGUACCGGAUAACACUGCAGCCAAUUAAGGUUGAGGAAAGGGGCUGAAGUUCGGCGUCUGCAGCCGCCGUUGUCUGUUCCUCUGGUACAGCUCCACCGUUACUGCCUCUGCCCAGCUCAAAUGCUUCAUUAACCUUUCUUAAUACUUUUCCAGCAGAACCAAU